AUGGCAACUGCAAGCUCCUCUGGACUGUCUAGCCUGGGAAGGAAAAAGAAGGCCCCUGGCCUUAUGGAUCAAAUUGGGAACUUCUUUGGAGGGGACAAGAAGAGGAAGAGCAAGGGUUCUUUCCGUGGCCUGUCCUCUCCUGUCAGACCUGCCAAGGCAACCCCUAAGGGUGGGGAGAACGCUGUUGUGCGCCUCUUCAGAACGAUCGUGUCCCCUGCCCCUCCUAAGUCUAGGUGGACGGCAAUGACUGCGAAACUAGGCCAGGGGUCUCAGAAGUCAACAGGAUCCGCUAAGGCGAAGAAGGCCGGUGCAGGAGACAGCGGAACCCUGUCCAAGAUCUUCAAAAUGGUAAAGGAAAACUAA